AUGCCGAACUUCCAGUUUGAUGAAAAUCUUACAGAAUUGUGCCCUGAAACACGCCUGAACUUGUGCAGAUUUCUUCAAAAUGCGCCUAUCAAGAACAUGCUUUUAAAGGACGGGCGUCGCAUUACUGACGCUGCCGUUUGGAAUGAAAUCAGUAAAGAGUUAAUAAUUCCAGCAAUGAACGAUGAUAAUGGUCGAACUUUUUCCCUAAUCCAAGCUUGUUUAAAGAACGAUGAAGAAACGGUUAAGUCAUUUCUAACCUCUGCUGAAUGCGACAUCAAUGACAUUGGAGUUGAUGGAGAGACAACCUUAGCUCGUGCUGUCGCCAAAAACUCUGUUCCCAUCGUAGAGCUUCUGUUGCAGCGCGGUGCUGACCCUAAUAUGAAGGAGAAGAAGAUCGAGUCUACUCCACUUAUCGAAGCAGCUAAGGAGGGCUUUGAUUGUGUUGUAAAACUGCUUCUCCAAUAUGGUGCCUCUGUUUCUCAAACCACCAACACCGGCUACACAGCGCUUCAUUACGCAGCCGCAAACGGUCAUCUCGAGUGUGUUAAGCUUCUGCUAGAACAUGGUAGCCCAUUAGAAGAGCAGAAUGAAAACGGCCACACGCCUCUGAUGGAGGCUACGAGUAACGGCCACAUCGAGGUCGCCCGGUGCCUUAUUGAACACGGCGCGAACAUAAAUACUCACUCCACGGAGUUUAAGGAAUCAGCGCUAACUCUAGCCAGUUACAAGGGUCACGCGGAAAUGGUGAAGUUUCUGCUAGACGCUGGAGCCUCCCACGAGCACCGCACGGAUGAGAUGCACACGGCGCUCAUGGAGGCCGCCAUGGAGGGUCAUGUGGAGGUGGCGAAACUCCUUCUCGCCCACGGCGCCAACGUCAACAUCCCCCAGGACAGCUUUGAGUCUCCGCUCACUCUGGCUGCCUGUGGCGGCCACACUGAGCUUGUGCACCUCCUCAUCGGUUACGAGGCUGACAUCGAAGAGGUCAACGACGAGGGCUACACUCCGCUCAUGGAGGCUGCCAGGGAGGGCCACGAGGAUACUGUCGCUGUGCUUCUGGCUGCUGUGUCCAAACGCUAUUACCACGAUGACUCGAUCCAGGCUGCAAUGUUCAUUAACGCUUGCAUUAUUAUAAUUUCAGGUGCUGACGUGAAUGCCAAGACAGAGGAAACUCAGGAGACGGCCUUGACUCUCGCCGCCUGCGGUGGUUUCAUCGAGGUCUGCGAGAUGCUCCUGAAGGCUGGCGCAGACAUAGAAGUCGGCAACACUGGAUGCUCUACCCCGCUCAUGGAAGCCGCGCAGGAGGGCCACUUGGAGCUAGUUCGCCGUCUGCUCCACCAGGGGGCUAAUGUCAAUUCCAUCACAACCUCGGGUGACACGGCGCUGCACUACGCCGCAGAGAACGGUCACGUGAAGGUCUGCAAAGAGCUGCUCAACUGGGGUGCCACCUUGGGCCAGCCUCUGGUCAUCGAGGGCUGCAAGACACCCCUCAUGAAGGCCGCUCGUUCCGGACACCUCGAGGUGGUGCAGCUGCUCGUUGAAUGGGGCUUCUCUGUCAACCAGCCGACCAGUCAAAACGAGGCCACCGCGCUCUCCUUGGCGUGCAACGGUGGACACGUUCAGGUGGUUGAGUAUCUGUUGAAGAAUGGCGCUAAUCCGCACUACGAACUUCGCGACGGUUGCACCAUGCUGAUUGAAGCAGCGCGGUCCGGUUCACCCGCUGUUCUCCGCAUGAUCCUCGACUACCCCAAGAGCCUCUCCAUGCCCAUGCCGACGGUUCAUCCUCCUCCUCCACCUCCGCCGUUGCCACAGCAACCGACACAGCACCCCCAAUUGCAGAACGGCAGUCCCGGCAUCGCCGUGGUGUCGCCCCAACUCGGAGAGGCUGCUUCUGCGGUGAUGCACCAGCACGCCGCUGCGGCCGCCGCCGUGGCCAUCCACCAACAACAGCAACGCGCGGGUCUAGCCGUGCGCCAGGCCCUCAGCGCCCACCCGCCACACCACCCGCAGCUGAAGGAGGCUCUGGCCAACGCCUACGCGGCCGGCUGGGCCGAUGGAGCCGCAUCGCGCGCACAGCAGUCUCCCCUGGCGUCCCAAUCUCUUGCCGGUGAACCACAAGCCGGUGCCUCGGAGAAGACGAAGGAGAAGGGCCAGGUUAAGCCCUCGAAAGCCACCACCACCUCCUCCUCAUCCGAGAAGCCAAGUGCUCGACCGCAACAGUUGGCGUCGACGGCGACCGCAGCAACGACCUCCACGAUGGAGGCUCUGGCUGUUGGCGAGGAAACCACCAUCGACAGCAUCGGUGAUCUGUCGCACGCCGCAUGCACCGAUGAACUCAGCUCUAGGCUAAUGGCUCUCUUCCACGACUGGAAGGGUGACAGCACAGAGUUUCUGCAUCGCCUCGGCACAGUCAUGACUUGUCCAAUCAACGCCGUCCGCGCGGCCGGCCGUCAGCCCUCCGACAGCCAGGACGCCUCCGUUGCAGCCGCUGCCUUCACCAAUCUCCAGCGCCUCAUGAAGUGCGCAGCCGCGGCCGGCGGUGGUGGUUCUGCCACGGCGUGCGGCACCGGCGACCUGAUGGAGGUGUGCCAGGCGGCUGUGCGCGAUCUCUUCGCUCCGCCUCCACCACCGCCGCCGACGAAUACGUCGUCUCCCACGACUACGGCGUCGCCGUCUUUUGCGUCCUCGUCGUCACUGUCUGGCAGCGGGGGUGGCGGUGGUGCCGGGUCGACAAGGAGCUCGGCUAGCAGCAGUUCAAGCACCACCAGCAGCAGCAGCAGCGGUAGCAGCAGCGUUCUCAGCUCCUCCACGCAGCUCAUUGACACACCGUCCAUCGUUGGUCCACCGAAUGCGGCCUACUAUCAGCAGGUCCGGCCUGUCGCCAAAGGAGCCUGUGAAGAUGUAGCCACCUGUCCCCUGGAGGUAGCACAUUCGUUGGCACAAGCCAUCACGCUGUCGUCGCCAAGCGUUGUGCCGCCCUGCCAGCGAUCGUCUGGAGCAACAGCACCGCCACCUCCACCGCCAUCACAACAGGGCCUGACGCCGACUGUGGGUCCAGCGCUGUACGAUCAGCUGAUGAGUUGUGCGGCAGCGGCGGUUGCGGCAACACCCCAGCCCCCGCCGCCGCCUCCACCGACCGUCCAGUCGAGCGCUGGAGCAAUCAACCAACAGAUGGACAUCAACGCGUGCAUCGAGUCCUCCAUGGAGUCCGCGCUGACGCUGGCCUGCAGCGGUGGUUUUGUCGAUCUGGCGCGUCUCCUGCUGGACCGGGGCGCGGACAAGGAGCACCGGGACAAGAAGUCGCACACCCCCCUGCACACUGCCGUGUACGCCAACCAGCGCCAAAUCGUCUCCCUGCUGCUCGACUACGGCGCCGACAUUGAGGCUCAAGUGGAGCGCACCAAGGACACUGCUCUGUCAAUCGCCUGUUCACACGGACGCCUGGAGUCACACCAGGCGAGAGCAUGUUUCCGCGAGCGUCGUCGAGUUGCAACGUGGCUUUUUUUCUGUCUUUCCCACCAGAUUACCGAAGACCUUUUGAACCGCGGGGCGAACAAGGAGCACCGCAACUUCUCCGACUACACGCCGCUGAGUCUGGCUGCGUCGGGCGGCUUCGUGGACGUCAUCCAACUGCUGCUGCGCCACGGCGCCGAGAUCAACUCGCGCACCGGCUCGAAGCUGGGCAUCUCGCCGCUCAUGCUCGCCUCCAUGAACGGCUACACCGACGCGGUGCGCGUCCUGCUGGAGCACGGCUCUGACAUCAACGCGCAGAUCGAGACCAAUCGCAACACCGCCCUGACGCUAGCCUGUUUCCAGGGGCAACACGAGGUCGUGAAGUUGCUGGUCGAGCGCAAGGCCAACAUCGAGCACCGCGCCAAGACCGGCCUCACUCCGCUCAUGGAGGCCGCGUCGGGCAACCACGUCAAGGUCGGCUACAUCCUGCUGGAGCACGGCGCUGACGUGAACGCCCUGCCUGUGCUCAGUUCGAGGGACACUGCGUUGACAAUCGCCGCGGACAAGGGGAAGACGGAGUUUGUCAAUCUCUUGCUUAACCACGGUGCCGUUGUUGAAGCUCGCAACAAGAAGGGCGCAACCUCAUUGUGGCUGGCUUGCAACGCAACUCGGUCGCUGCGUCACACCACGUGGACACGGAGGCACGCUAAUCGGGUGUAUUUCCGCAUUUCAGGUGGCCACCUGGAUGUUGUCGAGAGUCUGAUCUCGGCACACGCCGACGUAAACAGCCAGGACAAUCGAAAGGUCAGCUGCCUCAUGGCGGCGUUCCGCAAGGGUCACGUCAAGGUGGUCAGCUUGCUGGUGCAACACGUCACCCAAUUCCCCUCUGACAAGGAUUGUCUGCGCCACAUCAAGGUCAUCGCGACAGACAAGCGAACACAGGGUGAACGGCUCCUGCGCUGUGGCACUGUUCUGUUUGCAACUUCGAUGAUCAACUUCUUCCGCCUCGAUUGGUGCUUUCGUCGAAGUGCAGUGGCCUUUCUUCCCUACCUACUAUUCCGCAGUUUUCCGCGAACCAACGGUACCAGUCCCGACACCCUCACCCUCCGAUCAUCCGUCGAAGGGUCUCGCACUAGGACUCGUCUUUUCUCCACACCGCAUGAAGUCACCAUGCUGACCCAUCGACUGUCCGCAGCCACAGCGAAAAAACCACCAUCGGAUUACCUUUAUCCACCACCAAAUUUGGUCCAAUCCAAGCUGGAUGCUCUCCCACCUAUUCUCCCUAAUCCCGAGGAUGUGUGUGUGGAUGGCAUCGACCCGAGUCAGAACCUAGGGAUGCUUCUCGGUAUUGAUCCGAUCCCAUCGUCUAUUUCACCCCCCUUACUAAGUGUCCCCCUCAGGAAUGUCGAUUUUGACGAGCUAGCCGAGCGGUGCCAGCAGUGCCGGAAGAUCAUCUCCGCAGCCAAGGAGAAACAGGAGGGCGAGGCGCGCAAGAACGCCGACGUGCUGCUUGAGCAGAUCGAACAGGAGGAGGAGGAGCGCGCGAACAAGGAGGCCAUGCAGGCGCGCAAACGCGAGCGGAAGAGGAACAAGCGCAAGGCAAAACAGGAGAGCGCGGCCCUCGCCGCUGCUGCCGCCGAGGCCGCGAAAGUGAAGACGACGACGACGGUAACGUCCGGUGGCGUUGAUGGCAGUGCUGAUGAAUCGGUCGUGUCGAAGAAGGCCAUCUCGAAAACCGCGGAUGCUCAUUCUGCCGCGAAACUGGCGUCCAACGAGUCGCCCGAUCCCUCAUCAACCUCAUCAGACCAACCAGCCGCCGCACCGGUGAAGAAAAAGGGCAAACACCAAUCACUGGCGCAAGUUGAGCCCCAGACCAAACCGGACUCCGAAAGGGAGGCUGAAUUGGCUAAGAGUCUGCAGUCGGCGCAGGUUACCGAGUCGAAGCGGGAGAAACACCGGACGAAGAAGCAGGCCCAGCGAACCUCCAAACGCACUGAAGUUGCCAACGCGGCACCGGCAGCGGGAGCCGCGUCGCCGUCUCGCGAGACCGCGGCAAUGGCCUCUCCACCUGCUAGCGUCGCGAGUUGCGAUCCACCGGCGUCUUUCGACUGCGAAGCCGCCUACUGGGAUCCCACACCGUUCGAGCACUCUCCUGACGCUGGCUCUGUCGGCAACAACAGCGAAUGGCUCGUCGUUCAGCCCGCCAGUAGCAACCGGAGCCAUCGAUCCGCAGCGGCCAACCAAUCGGACGCUCCAUCGUCUUCCGCGACCACCGACUGGAAGACAACUGGGCCCUCCGGUUCGGGGAGCUCAGCUAAACGAAAAGUCGCCCUCUCCGUUUCAAAACACGACAUCGGAAAGAUCAUUGGACAAGGUGGUGCUGUUGUUAGCGCCCUACGUAACAUGUCCGGCAUCCAGAUCGAUAUUGAGAGCGCGCGAGGUGACGAGGUAACCGAGAGGAUGGUGUACUUGCGGGGUCCUGCCGACACCGUCCAGCGGACCUAUCAAAUCAUCCAGGAUCUGCUGAGUGGUGCUCUGGCCGGCAACGAGGUCAUCGCGAAGUCCAAGUCCUCGAAGUUGAGUCAAAGUCUGGGCUUUCCUGCGCCGUUUUCAACUUCCUCGUCCGUUUCCACACGCACCGGAAGCACAACUUCCCGGAGGACAGCAGGCAAUGGAACUGCUUCGAAGAUCCCUUCUCUUCAAAGUCUACCCACUCCACAACCUCUCAUGGCGAAGCUGGCCACUCCACUCACCCUGAAGGCUUCAACCUCCAACAAUAGUAAUGUCGCCAAGAUUGGCGCCACGUCCAAUUCCUGGGUUGGGACAAGAGCGCCCAUACAGAAAGGCAACUUUGCCUCGGUGGCUGCUGCUGGCGUUUUUCCAACCACACAAGCAAAAGAUACCAAGAAGGGCAAAUCUACUGCUCCCGUGGCCGCUCCUUCUACCUCACAGCCCCCACUAGGCACUCCAGUCUCCCUCCUAGCGGUUACUAUUGCUGCGCUUACAAGUACCUCCACGAAUAACUCCGUGUUCUCCACCGCACCUGUCACUAUUCUCGAUGACCAGAGCUUUCCACCGCUCUCAACCUCCACCACUUCAUUCACACCCACUGUUUCCACCAGCAAGCCUCCGGACUCGCCGCCUCGCAAAAUGAGUCUGCCCACGCCACAGUCCGAGGAGCAGCCCGUUUCGACGUCUUUGGGUCCACUUCCCACUGCCAUCGUCGAGAAGCCCCAAGCGCAAACUCCUGUAGAGCCAUUGGUUGGUGGAUCGUCGGUCGAAACGCCGCUGCCACAGGCCCAAAAGUCCACGCCGGUAUCGCGGACUCCAGUUGCUCCGAUUGGGUCCUCGCGUCCCUUCGCUCGAGCCCCUGGCUCGGAGAGGAGCGCCAACCGUCACGCUGGGGCUGCUGCUGCUACCACGGCCUUCAUCACCCCAGUCAUUACGAGCCUGACCGAUUCAGCUGGAGGCUCAGCGGUGACUCCCACGAAGCGGGUGUCCGUGAGUUCAGCAUUCGGCAACGAGUCCCUCUUCAGCACCCCGUCUGAGGCACCUACUUCGAUCAAUUCGGCACCAAGUCAGCCACAGGCGUCGACUCAGCCCACCGACAGCCUUGAUUCGCUCUUUGCGACCUCCCAGCACCCGACACUGCAGCAUCAGCCACCAUCGAGUCAGUUUGAUUCCGCGUCCUCACACGGCAUGUGGUCAGACUUCAGUGCCAACGGAACUGACAGCGCAUUCGGUGGGGGCGGUUCCUAUGACUACACAGCUCCCACCCCUAAUUACGCACACUUGCUUCAAAAUACCAUGAGUAUGCGCAAUUUCGACAGCACCUCGUCCACAAUCGACGACCAGCCGCUGACCCCGCUGUUCCCAUCCCACCUGCAGUCGAGCUACAGGUUGUCGCAGCAGACCGGUAACAACCCCAAACUCAAUGGUGCGCCACCCUCGGAGGCCUACGCCGCAGCAUUUUCGGCUGCUGCUGCUGUCGCUGGACACGGCAACGCCUUUCCACAGCGUGACUUCUCGUUAUUCAAUGGUCUGGCUAACGGUGGCACCACCCCGGCCCCCUCUGCCGCAGCCUCCGCCGCCGCCUCUGGAAACACCACCUCUAGCGCCUACCUUCCCUCAAGGUUGAAUCCGGUGCAUCAACAGUUGGUUCAGUCGCAAAACCUCCACACGAAGUCUCAACAGGCCUACAUGCAUCACCACCAGUCCUUCGGUUUGGGAUUGUCGUCCUCGCAACAGCCGGUUGAUCAGAGCUGCUACCUCGGCGGAAGCGGACAGCCAUAUCCGGGUGGCGGUCCUUCCAAUUACGGCUUCCCUUCCGUUGCCAUGGCGACCGGAGGAGGAGGUGGAUCUCCUGCAGUUCAGCAGCCGCCUCACCCACAACCCACUCCGAUUGGAGCUGAACGGCGACGCUGCCAUCAGGCGUCAGUUGCUUCGUCCUCCGUUGUGCCCAGCAGCAGUGCCUCCAUGGCGACUGUCGGCACGAAUCAGUCGCCGUUUAGCGGUGGCGGCGGAGGCGGCGGCGGUCAAAGUGCCGUGGCCGCCGCUGCCGCCAAUCAGGCUCUCAUGGCUCUCCUGAUGCAACAGCAGCAACAGCAACAGCAGCAGUCUAAUCAAGAUCCUUCCGGUUCAAACGCUUCCUGGUCCACCCCUCUCCACCACCAAAGCCCUCAUCCCGCCUUCUGGUCACAAAACGUUGGAGGUGGUCUGGGUGUAUCGGGCGGACCAAGUCACCAGCAACAGCAGCAGCAGUCCCUCAUGGCGAGCACAGCUGCCGCGGUCGCAGCCUUGGCCAAUCUCUGUCCCUGGCCGAACCAAUCAGCGCCCGGUGGCGGCGGCGGCGCCAGCGCGAAUCCCGCCGGACUGAACAACGGAGGGACCAAUUGGAUGAUGCCGCCAGCUUUUCCGCCUUCUCAGCCCAAUUUUCCGCCUCAAAUCCGACCACAACAGCAACAACAACAGCAGAUGACGUCAUUGAGUGGUGCAAACACCAGCGGCGGUGGUGGUGGUGGUGUGGGGUGCAAUCCCAGCGCCACAUCGAUGCCCCCCUCCAGCUCAGCAGGCGAUGAGCAGCAGCAGCAGGCCCUUUGGCACUAUGCAGGAACAAGCACACUAAAACUCGCCUUCCGAAUCAACGUCAAACCAGUUGAUUGGAUGCCGGUCGACCAAUGA